GUGCGUUUCACUACCACAUUAAUUCCAUCAUUUUUUUAUAGUCAAUGUGGAGCAAGCUUAAAACACCAGAAUGACUGAAGAUAAAAAAAAGUAUAAUGCCAUGGAACCAAUACUCAAUAACAUAAAUCGGAAAUACAUAUCUUUACCUGACGAAGAUGACAGAAGGAAUAAAAUUAUCUUGAAAGGGUUGCUCGAUUCAAUCACAUCAAGUAUGAAAGCAAGUGAUAACCUCUUCAAAGAAAUGUAUUCCAGUGUAUUUUAUGGCGGUAGCUAUUAUGACGGACUUCGAGUAGGACAACCCGAUGAGUUCGACCUGGACCUGUUGCUUAGUUUGCCUAAAUUGGUUGAACCCACUCUGACCACUAGCAAUAAACCAGGUUUCGUUCAUGUUAAGUUGAAUGGCUAUAACAAAUUCAUCAAACAAUCAGAAAUGAUCUCCAGAUAUAAAGGAUUAGAAAAGCUCAUGAAUGAGAAGACACAUUAUUUGGAAACCAACAAAGUACUUCGAUGGAUGCAAAGGGUAAUUACCUUGACGAUGAAUACUUUUGAAAAAAAGGAUGGUCGACCCGUAUUGAAAAUUCCAUCAGGUGAAUUUUAUCUGAAGUACAGUCAAAGUGGACCAGCAGUCACCCUGAAAGUCGAGGGUGUAGUUGGAGAAAGUAAAUUAAAACUGGACAUUGAUCUGGUACCAUGUUUUGUUUUCGGAAAGGAUCAUUGGCCUUCAAAUGGAUUCCGCUCGAACAGCACUAAAAAGAAGCCAGAAUUUUUUAUCGUGCCAAAACCUUUGAAUGGGUUAUCAGAUGCUGAACGUUAUUGGCGAUUAUCAUUCCAAGAACAGGAACGAGAAUUAAUAGAUGGAAAAAGUACACUGAAACCAACUAUCAAAUUACUAAAGAGAAUGAGAGAUAUUUUGGACCACAAAUGUAUCGCAAGUUAUUAUAUCAAAACCUUUCUCAUUUGGGAAGUAUCCGAAUGGAGAAAAGAAGACUUUUGGAAUAAUUCACUGAGUUAUGUAUUCAUGAAUGUUCUUAAAGAUUAUUAUGAAUAUCUGAAAAAGAAGAAAAUCCCAUACUACUGGAAUAAAAAUAAUAAUCUGAUAGAUUCAGUAAGAGAAGAAACUCUGAUAAACAUUGGAAACAAAGUGAAAGCUAUAAUUGAUGAUGUAGAUAAGAAUCUAGAAGAUCCUUAUGUAAUUGCAAAGUAUUUAUUGAAGCCAAGUGAGCUAGCCGACUUCAAGAGUUACAUGAAAAUUCCAACCAAAUAACUGGUACUGUUUAUUCAUUAUUGUGACUAUUCGGUCAUAUAUUGCAUGAUUUUCAACAUAGCCUAAUAUUUUUUUGUGAUAAUUAUGUUAUAUUAUUCAAUCUUCAUGAAAAUUAGUAGAUGAACACUAUUAGAUAUGUUUAUGUUGAAUCAGCUCUGGCAUAUCUCCCGUGAGCAUAUUCAUUAUUUAUUUAUUUAUUUGAGUGACGUAUGUUUGUUUAUGAUGGAUAUAAUUUCGUAUGACACCCAUGUGUUAAGGGACCUUAGUCAUUUUAAAGAUAAAUUGAAUACUUGAUAACCAUUCUAUCAGUCCAAGUCGUAUGUAUGUGUAAUUUUGUAAUUCUUCCGUAAUUCAUUCGGCUGUUGAUUGCAAAACUGUAUUUAUAUUUUAUUAGAAAUAUACCUACCUAUAUGUAAUUUUCAUUUUUGAUUCGGACUACCCUGAAUUGUAAUAUUUUCAUUCAAAGUCUCAUGUCAUAGUGUGAUGUAUGAUGUAUUAUUUUACAAUGAUUUAUUGAAAGUUUUUAUUUCAAGAUUCUUGUCAUACCUACCUACUGUGAUAAAUGAUGUGUAUUUUAUAUACAUAUAUUUUAUUAAAACUUGGCCGU